AUGCUCGCUGGGUUCCUCCUUCUUGCGGUGCCUUGGGCCGCUUUCGCUCUCCCCUCUCCCUCCAUCGCCGUGAAGCGCACUCAUGAGCGCCGCUCUGUCCUUCCCCACCAAUGGGAGGAGCACAGCGAUGCACACCCCGACAUGCGUGUGCCUUUGCGUAUUGCCCUGACCCAGUCGAACCUCGAUGUCGCCUACGACGAGCUCCUCAAGGUAUCCGACCCCGAGUCGCCCGACUUCGCCAACCAUUGGACCGCUAAGCAGAUCGCCCAGUUUUUUGCUCCAUCGAAGGAAACUGUUGACACCGUCAUUGCUUGGCUGGAAGACGAAGGCAUCGACCGUUCCCGCGUCAAGCAAACGGAUUCCCUGGGGUGGCUCCAAGUUGCCAAUCUCUCCGUCACCGAAGCUGAGACGCUCCUUGAUACCAAGUACAGAAUCUACAAGCACGCCUCCGGUGCUCCUCAUCUCGGCUGCGGUUCCUACUCUGUUCCCGAACAUGUAUCCAAGCACAUCGACUUCAUUACCCCUACUGUGCAUUUCGAUUCCCCAGUUAAUGCCCAUCGCCAGGAAAAGCGAAAGCGUGACGUUGAGCCAGGUAUUGCGAAGACGAUCGGCCAGCCACGGAUCGGAACGACGCCAAAGCAAGGCGCCUCCCUCAGCGUCCCUAACAUCAUCACCGAACUGGAGCAGUGUGGGAGCCAAAUCACCCCAAUUUGUUUGCAGUCGUUGUACAAGAUGCCAUUCGACCUGCAGUUAGCGACCUCCAAAAACUCGUAUGGUAUCGUCGAGUACACCCCGCAGUCGUACCUCGCGACCGACCUCGACAUGUUCUUCAAGCAGUUCCUCGCCAAGGCCGUUGGGCAACGUCCGACUUUGGACAGUAUCGAUGGCGGUGAACCCCAGACGGAGUUGGAAGGCUUUGGCUACAAUGGAGAGUCGGACCUCGACCUCCAGUACGCGAUGGCGCUUGUUUAUCCGCUCAACCCAACACUUUUCCAAGCUGGAGACAUCGUCGAGGGCGCCUCGUUCAACAACUUCCUUGAUGCUAUCGAUGGCACGUACUGCACCUACGAGGGUGGCGACGAUCCGACUCAGGAUGGUGUUUACCCUGAUCCAAACGGCGGCGGAUACGAGGGAACCGAGAACUGCGGGACAUACGCCCCGACAUACGUCCUCUCGACCUCUUAUGCCUACAACGAGGCGGAUCUGACCCCGUUCUAUGAACAAAGGCAAUGCUCUGAGUACGCCAAGUUGGGCCUCCAAGGUGUGACCGUCCUCUACAGCAGCGGUGACAACGGUGUCGCCGGUAAUGACGGACAGUGCCUGACGGCCAACGGGACCUACUCUGCAAGCGGGACUCGGUUCAAUCCUUCUUUCCCCGGCACAUGCCCGUAUAUUACUUCGGUCGGCGCUACGCAAAUCAAGCCGAAUGGGACCGUGUUCGAGGCGGAAGAGGCAUGCGAGACGGUGAUCUACUCCGGUGGCGGGUUCUCCAACGUCUUCCCGAUGCCUUCGUAUCAAGCCUCGGCGGUCAACUCGUACUUCGAGAAGUAUCCACCCCCCUACACAGCAGCACAGUACAACAAUUCUCGCACGGUGCGGGGCUUCCCGGAUAUCUCUGCUAACGGCGCGAACUACGUUAUCGCAAUUGAUGGUGAGUUUGACCUUGUGUACGGCACAUCUUGCUCCUCUCCAACGGUCGGCUCGGUCAUUACUCUGGUCAAUGAUGCCCGUUUGGCGGCCGGCAAGAAGCCUGUCGGUUUCCUCAACCCGACGUUGUAUGCGAACCCGUGGAUGUUGAACGACAUCACGACGGGCGGGAACCAGGGAUGUGGGACAGCGGGAUUCACCUCUGUGCCGGGCUGGGAUCCUGUGACUGGCUUGGGGACACCGGAUUAUGGGCUUUUGGUUGCUAAAUACCUCACGCUUCCUUGA